AUGCGUACAUUUGUGUUUCCAGGUUCAACUCCUAGCAUGGCCUGUGACCACGUUGAUGAGUCAAAUCAUAGUCGUCGAUUCACGGAUAUUGCUGCAGAACCACGACGAAUGCUUUUACCAAUUCAAGGCUUUGAAAAAAUGCCCCUUGUUUCACUUGAAGAGGCUGUUGCUCCUCUCGUGUCACUUAUCCCAGAUAUCGAACAGAUGGUCUGGAUAGUUAAACAGAAUUGUGGCGAUCCAAAAGAUGGUUUGACCAGCGAUGAGUCUGCGUCCAUCAUGCUUUAUACAAUGGAAUGGGAGCCAACCAGCGAAUCUUUCUAUUUCAAGAUUAAUACCAUUCUACGAGCACCAAGUCGAGAACUGUUAAAGCCGUGGUUUUUAUAUCUUCGACUCAUAGUCAACGCUCUUGGCAAACUUCCAUCAACCGUUCGUCCCGUCUAUCGUGGAGUGAAAUUGGAUUUGAGCACCGAAUAUAUCAAAGGAAAAACGAUUGUAUGGUGGGGUUUCUCUUCAUGCACUUUAUCGAUUGACACUCUCAGCAAUGAACGCUUUUUAGGCAAAAGUGGAAUCAGAACUCUCUUUUGUAUUGAAUGUGACGCAGGAAAAAAUAUUCAGCAACAUUCAUUUUAUCCGGAAGAAGUUGAGCUUUUGCUCCUGCCCGCUCGUCAGUUUGAAGUAGUCGCCUGUCUUGAUCAAGGCAAUGGACUCCACAUCAUUCAAUUAAAAGAAACGCAACCAAAAUAUCCGUUGAUUAAGCUUGUCUCAUCAUAA